UUUUUGCCAUUGCCAAUGUGAGCGACUGUGUAUUGUGUAAUAAUAGCUCAACCUUUCCCAACAGCCAAAACAAAGAGCAGAGGGGAAGCCAACCGAUGAAAUGGCGCCGGGGAAGAAAUCGAAGAGGAGCAGCAGCAGCAACAGGAGGAGGGGGAGGAAGGACUCCAAGAGAUUGAAGAAGCGCAGGAGCAUCGCGGUGGCUCCAGUGGACCCCAGAGCCGUCGACACCGAGUGGUGGGACAUCUUCUGGCGCCGGAACUCUUCUGCUGCCCCAGCAGGUCCAAUACCUGACAAUGAGGAGGAAGGAUUCAAGCACUUCUUUAGGCUCUCGAAGCAAACUUUCGCUUAUAUAUGUUCCCUCGUGAGAGAAGAUCUUAUAUCAUGCCCACCCUCGGGGCUCAUCAACAUUGAAGGAAGGCUCCUCAGUGUUGAGAAACAAGUAGCUAUCGCUUUAAGAAGAUUAGCCUCCGGCGAGUCCCAAGUCUCGGUGGGAGCUGCCUUUGGGGUUGGGCAGUCGACGGUCUCCCAGGUGACGUGGAGGUUCAUCGAGGCCCUAGAAGAUCGUGCAAGGCACCACUUGAAGUGGCCUGAUCCUGAGAGGGCAGAGGAGAUAAAGUCCCAAUUCGAGGCGCUGUAUGGGCUGCCCAAUUGCUGCGGAGCAAUUGAUGCGACCCACAUCAUCAUGACCCUACCAGCAGUUCAGACCUCGGAUGACUGGUGUGACCCGGCAAACAAUUAUAGCAUGUUCUUGCAAGGAGUCAUUGACCAUGAACUUAGAUUCCUCGAUAUAGUCACAGGUUGGCCGGGCGGAAUGACAGUCCCGAGGCUCCUAAAGUUCUCAGGGCUCUUCAAGCUUUGUGAAAGCGGGGCACGACUAAAUGGGCCCGUAGAAAAGACCUUAGGAGGUGGGCACGAGGUGGCCCGAGAGUACAUUGUUGGUGGGCCUGCAUAUCCGCUUCUGCCGUGGCUCAUAACUCCUUAUGAGAGCAGUGAACUCUCGGGCUCUGCUGCACCUAAUUUUAAUGCUGCACAUGAAUCUGCAAGAUUGCUCGCAGUGAGGGCCUUCUCGCAAUUGAAAGGUAGUUGGAGGAUACUCAGCAAGGUCAUGUGGAGGCCCGAUAAGCAGAAGCUCCCAAGCAUUAUAUUGGUCUGCUGUCUACUCCAUAACAUUGUAAUCGACACCGGCGAUAAGUUGAAUCCUGAUGUUGCUCUGUCAGGUCAUCAUGAUUCGGGUUACAUUGAGCAGUGUUGUAAGCAAGUUGAUCCAUUAGGAAAAACGGUUCGGGACAACCUAGCCAAACACUUAAUGUACGUCAAAGAGAAGAGCUUAAUUAAGUCGAAGUAAUGCAUCUCUUCAUUAUUUGCCAGAUAUCAAUUAUGAAUGGAAAGUUGGAAACUGAUAUUUCUCAGUGUUUAUGCACA